AUGACGUCUACCAAGAGAAGAUUGUCAUCCGGUUCCAUCGAGCCCCAGAAACCUUCGAAGCUCUCAAAGCUGGCGAAUACGCUUUUUGGCUUUUUUCUGAAAACUCCCGCUAGCCCGGCAAAAGUUGAGCCCCUCUUGCCGACUCAUAAGAGAGUUCACAGAGACCCCGAGCCUGCACAGAGCACUCCGAUAGUAUCCAAAAGUGUUGCUUUAGUGCCAAAAAUCGAGCAGAAAGUUUUCGCUGAUGCAGGGACUGCAAUUGCGAAACCCUCGGAGUUUCGGACGAAUUUAGACGUUUUAGAGGCGUAUGCCAAGGCCUUGAAGGACCAGAACAGGGUGCUGGAAAGUGCGAUAAAUGAAGCUAGUGAGGCAAAAGUGGCCGCGGAGGUCGAAUUUGGUGGUGAUCUGAAGACCGAAAAUGGUACGGGUAAAGCUCUUGAGAUCGUCAAAGUGAAUGGCGAAGAAGACAACGCCCCAAAGAGAAGAAAAAAGAGUGCGCUUGAUUCAAGUCCGCAAAAGGUCAAAGAGGAGUACAAAAGAACGCUUCUCAGCUUCAACGUGAUGAACAGGGCACUUCUAGUGAGACUUAAAGAGCAAAAAAAAGUGCAGGAUUACCUCAAAAAGCGCGAUAGAUUGAGAAGUCUACAGCAAACCAACAUCAUACAUUCGCCAGUGAAAGGCCUACCAGCUCUCAAAACUGCUGACAAGUUUGAGUCCAAGCCCAAGCCUGUUACCGAAGAGCGCAAGAAGCAGACGGGAUUCUAUUCUGGGGAGUUUUCUUAUAGUGAUGAAGAAGACGAUGUUCCGACUGCAGAGCUGGCAGUCGACUCUAUCAAAGCAUCCUACCAGCCGGCCAUCUCCAAGGUCAAAUUCCCCGGAGCUGUUGAUACUCGUCUGGAUGUUCUGAAUCCAAAUAUUCCGAGAACAAAGCCUUCUAAGACUACAGCUGGUGACUCGUUGGAAAAGACUACUGAGUCUGCUGGACCAAGUGUGGGGUUCGACUUUGUGAAGUCACAAGUCAAAUCGCCUGUUCCUGAUGAAGCAACCACUCAAACGGAUCUCACUAAGGCAGAAGAUAAGCCUGUUUCAUUUAGUUUCGGUGGCUCUUCAAACACUACUACUACCCAAAAGAGAAAUAAUGGUGCUGAUGAGGAAGAACCCAAACGUUCUACUCCCACGUUCAACUUUGGGUCAACUAAUUCAGAAACCCAGCCAAAGGCACCAGCUGCAUCAUCGAUUCCUUCAUUCGGAUUUGGUCAGCCAGCACUUUCCGAGGAGAAAGUGGCUGCUCCGGCUAGCUUUAGCUUUGGUGCGAAGAGCUCUCCUUCAGUUGUUUCUGCGGUCUCCGAUGGCCAGGAAGAAGAAAACGAUGCACCCAGCAAAAAGCCGAAGUUCUCGUUUGGUGCUCCUGCUCUGUCUUCGAAGACACCGCCUUCAAUUGUGCCUUCGUUGCUAAACUCCACUCAACCACAGGAAACCGAAAAACCAAUCGUCAGCGAGGCUUCCAAGCCAUUUGUUUUUGGCUCCAAAGCUCCAGAGAUCAAGGCUCCGGAGACUAAAACCCCAGAGACUGGUGCUGUCACACCAAAGUUUUCAUUUGGAGCCCCAAGCAACUCUGAGGUGAAGCCAUCUUCACUUGUGUUCGGUGGAGCCAAAUCGGCUGAAGAUAAUGCCACACCUGCCGAGACAACAAAACCAUUCACGUUUGGUUCACAGCCUGCAGCUUUGGGGAACUCCGAACCCAAAAGUGUUGCUUUGGUAAAUGGACAAGACGCUGGUGAGAAACCCAAGUUUACUUUUGGUGCAAAUACUGCUCAGCCUGCUGCUGAAGCCUCAAAGCCGUUUGUCUUUGGAGCUUCUGCCCCAACCAAAGAAGCUGACAAACCCUCGCUUUUUUCAUCAAAUUCUUCGAAACCGGCUGAAGCUCCGAAACCAUUCAAAUUCGGUACGUCUACUGAAGCAUCAAAGCCAGAGACGCAACCAGAACCAAAACCCUUCAGUUUCGGGUCUACAGCCAGCUUACCUGCACCAGAAGCCAAAGGAUUUGGAGGUUUGAAAUUUGGUUCCUCCCAUGACGUUACCACCCAAGCAGAUACUGCAAAGCAGUCUUUAUUCGGGGCUAAUCCAGCUCCUUCUUUCAGCUUCGGACAGCCAGCCGCACAAACAGCACAAACAGCAUCAACGGCUACUUCUCAGCCAUUCGCGGGGUUUGGGAGUGCAAAAGCACCUGAAAAGUCUGCCUCUCCGUUCUCGUUCGGCUCUGUGAGCAACUCCACCACGGCUAAACCCAGCCCCACUCCAGAACCAGAGGCACCAAAGCCCGUGUUCAGUUUCGGGGCUCCAGAUCAGUUCAACUUCUCAAAGACGGAAUCAAAAACUCCAACUACAGGGUUUUCCUUUGGGGCUGCUUCUGCCUCUGCUCCUGCUCCUGCUCCUGCCCCAACCCAGCCAUCUGCAUUCAACUUUGGAGCCCAGACUUCACAGCCUGCUGGCUUAUUUGGUAAUCCAAACGGAAGUGCCUUUGCCAGUGUACAAUCCACGCAGCCAGCCACUCCAGGGUUCAACCCUUCACGUUCUGCCACGCCAAACUUCAACUUUGCAGGCUCAUCUAACGUUGAUCCCUCGGCCAUAUUCGCAGCCCCAGCCGGUGAUGCAGCUCCAAGUCCCGCUAAUCCAAUUGCAAAACGGAGAAUCGCCCAGAUUCGUCCUAGGAGGAGAUGA